AUGGAUCAGGAUCCCGAUUCACAGCCCCGGGAAACGGCUACCUGGAAGCAUCUCUUCGCUUUUACGGAGUGGAAGCACUUGUCAAUCCUGGUUCUUGCCGUCGUAGCUGCCUGCAUUUGCGCUGCAGUGAAGAUAGGGUACGCGCUCAUCCUCGGUCAAAUUUUCCAGGUCAUCGCAGACUACGGCAGUGGCAUCUUGGACGACGCCGACGCUUUAUCCCAGACGUCAAGAUGGUGCGUUAUUCUCUGCUGCGUCGGAUUAGGAGCACUGGGUGCCAACGCCUCACUCAUGUCGUCUUGGAUCCUCUUUGGCGAGUUCCAGGCUAGACAGGCUAGACAGAACAUAUUUCAGGAUCUUCUGCAUCAGAGAAUGUCAUGGUAUGAUUGCCAGGCCGAUGGAACGCCUAGUAUUCUUGUUCGGGUCGAAUCACAAAUCCGCGAUCUACAGAUGGCAACGUCUCAAGUCUUCGGUUUCUUGCUUACAGACAUCUUCUCAUCCAUUGCCUGCAUCACUGUGGCUUUCGCAUUUUCUGCGAAGCUGACUCUUUUCUUGAUUAUGACGGCGCCCAUGUCUGCAGCCGUCAUGUAUGUGGUAAACCGCAAGCUGGGUCCCGCGAUCGAAAAGCAACGGCAGCAUCUCGAUGACGCUUCUAAGCAAGUCAACGCCUCAGUCAGCGGUAUCGACCUGGUCAAGAUUUAUAACGGCUUCAACCAAGAGGUGUGGCAGUAUCACAACACCAUCAAAGCCUCGAAGGAGCAGCACAUGAUUCAGGCUCAUUGCAAUGCCAUUCAAAUUUCCUAUAUGCAAUGUUGGAUCUCUUGUCUCUUCGUGGGCGGCUUUUGGGUCGGUCUUUGGCUGGUGACGCUCGGCGCCAACGCAGGACAGAUUCUUACGACUUUCUACGCGACUUUGACGGCUUUUCAAGGAAUAGCGAAUGUCAUCCCUCAAUGGCUCAUCCUCGUCAAGGGUAUGUCCGCCGGCCAGCAUCUCAAGCAGACGACAGGAAUCUCUCCCGAUAGACGACCGCAGAGAGCGAGUCAGGCCUUGGUCACCCCGGAGACCUGUCAUGGAGAUAUCAAAGUCAAGGAGGUGACCUUUGCAUACUCGUCGAACCCUCAACACAUAAUAUUCAGCAGAGUUUCGCUUCACUUUCCCGCUGGACAGACAUGCUUCGUUGUCGGCAAGAGUGGCUCCGGAAAAAGCACUCUCGGCAGCCUCUUGGUCAACUUCUACGACACCUGGUACGGAGAUAUACUUGUCGACGGCCGUAACAUUGGCACACUGGAUAAAGAAUGGCUCCGCAGGAAUGUCACCCUGGUCCAGCAGUCUAGUGUCAUCUUUCAAGGCACCCUUCGCGACAAUGUUACCCUCGGUCACCCUGCACCCAACUUCGUCUCCAUGGAAGAAGUUAAGCAAGCCUGUGACAUGGCACUUCUGCAGUCUACGAUAGCAACCUUGGACCAAGGUCUAGACACGUUGAUCGACUCCGUCGGCAGCGGUCUUAGCGGUGGCCAGAAGCAGCGUCUUGCCAUUGCGCGAGCCAGGGUCAGAGAUCCUCCGGUUCUGAUUCUUGACGAGGCCACUAGUGGACUAGAUCAAUCCACCAAGCAACUCGUCAUGGAGGCGGUUCGCUGCUGGCGAAAAGACAAGACGACAAUCAUCAUCACCCACGACUUGUCUCAGAUUGCGGACAACGACUUCGUCUACGUCUUGGAAAACAGAGAGGUUAUCCAGCAAGGCACUCGGAAGACAUUGUCAAGAGCCCGAGAUGGCCUAUUUGCACGAAUGGAUUCAGGACCAAACGAAACUUGCAUGGAGAUGAGUCCAGAGCAAGCCGAUAUGUCGAUGGGUGAAGUCAACGAUGAAAUGACAGAGUCCCAGAUUCAGCACAUCCCCAUUGGAAUCGAAGGGUUGCACUCUUUCAGAGACUCUCGCCAGGCUCGCGCUACCAAGAGAUCUACUUGGUGCAACUCCAUGGAGCUCACCUCCGCCUACACAAGCAAAUGGGGUAUGAAUGCAGCACGUCCAAACUCGUUGACUGGGUUCAGUAGGGCUCUACCUCUUUCGGAGAGCGCUGAUAUUUCGACCGAGUGGGAGAGUAUCAGAGGUUCUUUCUACGACCAGGCCCCCUCCCAUCACGAUUCUGUCCAAGCCCCGAACCGGUCAAGCAUAGCCGCCUUUCAGAUCGCAGGUGACGCCACACGGAACUCUCGCGCAAACUCAACUCGAGUACAUCGCCAGCCAAGUGCAACCCAGUUCGUCACCUCUGACGAUGCCGAAAGUCAUGGCACCCAAGACCUUGGCCAGGAGACAAACAUGGAGGUAGCCAAGCCUUCAUGCACCAAUGUCGUGCCCCUCAGUUCUGUCCUUCGCAGUGUUUGGCCAAACUUGUCAGACAAAGACAGGUCCAAACUUAUUGUUGGUCUCUUUUCCUGCGUCAUCGCCGCUGGAUGCAAUCCUGCUUUUUCCUACUGCUUCGCUCGACUCCUCGCCACUUUCUGGGAGGAUGGGAAUAGACUGGCUGCCAGCAAAGAGUGGGUCAUCUACAUGAUCAUCAUUGCAGUCAUCAGUGGUGCUUCGAUGUACCUUGAGCGAUAUGCCAUGGAGGCUGUUGGUCAAGCCUGGAUCUGCUCUCUUCGCCUCGAGGGACUGAAACGCAUCCUUCAGCAGCCAAAGGCAUGGUUCGACGGAGACACGAACUCCGCGCGGCGCAUCAGCGAGUCUCUAGACCGCGAUGCAGAGGAGAUGAGAAACUUGGUUUCUCGCUUUGCACCAAUUGUUCUGAUGGUGACUGUCAUGGUCGCGGUGUCGACACUCUGGGCUCUAACAAUCUCUUGGAAGCUGACGCUUGUAGCCAUCGCCACGACACCAAUCAUCCUGGCAACCGUCAAGAUCCUUGCUUUCACCAGCGCCAAUUGGGAUUUGACUUGCGAUGAAGCUGCGAGCAAAACGGCAUCUUUCGUGAGAGAUGUCCUCGUCAAUAUCCGCUUCACCCGAGCAUUUACAUUAGAGAAGCACUUCAGUCAGCGGCACGCCAAGUAUAUCAGGACGAUUUACGACUUCGGAAGUGAAAGAGGUUGGAGAAUAGGCGCGCUGUUUGGUCUCAACCAGUCCAUGAACUACUUCGUCAUUGCCCUCGUCUUUUACUAUGGCAUCUACCUCUCGGCUGAUCAGACCGAACUGUCGCCUGCCAGCCUUCAGCAAGUCGUCAAUCUACUCCUUUUCUGUGUCGGCCAGGCAGGCUCGAUGGUCAACUGUAUUCCGCAACUCUCAGUCUCGCAAGCCGCCGCAUCACGCAUGAUCCGUCUUGCUACCUUGCCAUCCGAGAAAUCCGAGACAGACGAUCGCCGAGUUCUCAGCACCCUGUUUCCAAUCAAUAUGCGCAACCUCGAGUUCUCAUACCCAUCGCGCCCCGAGCACCAAGUUUUGCACAAUAUUUCUCUGCAACUUGACCAAGGAACUUACGCGGCAAUAGUCGGUCCUUCAGGAUGCGGCAAGAGCACCAUUCUUUCUCUGCUCCUGGGAAUUUAUCAGCCAUCUCGAUCGAACUCUGCCGGCCAAACCCAGAUGGCUCAUUUGACCUACGCAGGAGUCGAGUUCAACCGAAUCAGCAAAUCUCAACUUUGCUCUCUCGUCUCUUACGUGCCGCAGACGCCGUUCCUCUUCCCAACCUCGGUCUCGGAGAACAUCGUCUAUGGCCUUGCAGAUGCAUCAGACCUGCGCCAUCCCAACAACUUGCAAAGAGCUGCCCAGGCCGCGGGCAUCCACGACUUCAUCAUCUCACUCCCUCAAGGUUACAAUACGAUGAUCGGCGAUGGUGGACAAGACUUAUCUGGAGGUCAGGCCCAACGCAUCUGUAUUGCAAGAGCCAUCGUCAGAAGACCACGUCUAUUGAUCAUGGACGAGCCCACUAGCGCACUGGAUGGACAAACUGCGGAUUUCAUCAGGCAGACUAUCGGAAGAGUGUUGAAGGAUCAGGUAAACAGCGGUACGAGUGUCAUCGUUGUCACACACAACAGAGAAAUGAUGCGCAUGGCUGAUCGCAUCAUUGUUAUGGAAGAGGGUCAAGUGGUCGAGGAGGGCGGAUUCGAUGAGCUGCAGCUCAGGGGUAGUGUGUUUCCCAGACUCAUUGAGGAAGACCUCUAG